AUUACUUUUUCCUUUAUGAUGGCUCAAAAGUGAAGGAGGAAGGGGAUCCUACAAGUGCUGGCAUCUGUUAUUUUUACCCUCCCCAGACCAUCCCAGAGCAGCAGGAGCUGCUGUGUGGGCAGAUGGCCGGGGUUGUUCGCUGCCUCACCGAGAUCUCCGGGGCCCCUCCCAGCCUGGUCCGCCUCAGGAAGCUCAAGUUUGCCGUGGUGGUGGAUGGAGACUUUCUGUGGGUCCUGGGCUGUGCUGUGGAGCUGCCUGACGUGAGCUGCCGGCGCCUCCUGGAGCAGCUCAUCGGCCUCUUCACCUUCUACCACGGCCCCGUGCGCGGGGCGUACACGACAUUUUCCCAGGAGGAGCUGAGCAGGGAGUGGGACAGGUACAUUGAGCACAUCCAAAAAAACACCAGUGACCUCCACAGGAUUUUCAAUUCUCUCUGGCAUCUGGACAAAACCAAGGUGGAUCCCCUGCUUCUGCUGAAGGCAGCUCUCAUCCUGCAAACAUGCCAGCGCUCUCCCCAUGUCCUGGCAGGCUGCAUUCUCUACAAAGGCUUGAUUGUGAGCACCCAGCUGCCGCCUCCACUCACUGCCAAAGUCCUCCUGCAGGGCAGCCAGUCCCCAGGCCAGAGUGAGCCUGGAGCUGAGGAGCUGCAGGAGCCUGAGCCUCUGCUGCCGCCGGGUGUCCGAGUGCUGCCCGUGUUCCUCACUGCAGAGGAGGUCUCUGCUCUCCAGGACUUCCCCGUGGAGGGGAUGGCCAGGUCACCCAUGUCCCCAGCAGGCCCCAAAGGAGAGGACAGUGCUCUCUGCUCCCAGGCAGUUCCAGAAUCAACAGGAGCUCGUGAAAACCAAGCCCUGGAUGGAAUCUCUGUGCAGAAGUCCCAUAAGGACGCAUCAGAAACAUCAGCCCCUGGAGAUGCUGUGCAGCUAAGCAGCCCUGCAAGUCCUCUGAUGGACUUUUCUGGAAUGGGAGCCGGCACAAGGGAUUCUUCAGCUGCAAACCUGAGUGAAGCAGGCAGUGAAAGCUCAGAGCUCAGCAGGAAAACAUCCUUCCCCUCAGAGAGCGACACAGAGCAGCUCCCAAGCCCUUCCUCACUCCAGACUGAAUGUACUUGGACUACAGUCAGCCACAGCCCAGCUGUUCCCUCUCCUGCCCAGGAGCUGAGAAAAUCCAGUGAGGAGGACAAGCCAUGGACUGCAAGCCAGGACCGUGUGUCUGGGGGAAGUGACAGCACAGCUGGUGACCACGGCUGGGGCUUGGACUGUCCAGGCCCUGCUGGACACACACAGCUCCACAACAGGAGGCAGCCACUGCUCCCAGAGCUCCAGGAGGCUCUGCCCAGUGCCCCUGCAGGGCACAGGCCGUGCCCAGGCAGCAGGGACAGGCUGGGUGGCACAGGGGGCGAGCCAGCCCGGCUGAGCCUCUACGUUCACUGCAUCCAGGGCUUGGUGCUGUCGCUGCUGGCUGAGGAGCGGCUGAGCCGCGACCGCGGCGCCGUGCAGGACGUGUACCACAGCAGCCUGGCCUCCCUAAAUGGCCUUGAGGUUCACCUGAGGGAGACCCUGCCCAAGGACUCUUCAGCCUCAGCCAGGACAAACUACAGCUUCACACACUAUGACCGUGUCCAGAACGUCCUCACAGCCAACUUGCCCCACACCCCCGGGCCCCUGGACCGGCACUUCCUGAGGGCAGCCACCCUCAUCCACUCUGACUUCAGCCAGCUCCCCACGGCCUCAGAAGUCAUCAUCAGGAAUGCCUCCACAGCCGUGUAUGCCUGCAGGAAUCCUGUCCAGGAGACCUACUUCCAGCAGCUGGGAGCUCCCCUGCGCAACUCAGGCGUCCCCAACCCUCAUGACAGCGCCUUCAGCCUGCCCAGCAAGGCCAAGCAGAAGCUGCUGAAGCAUGGGGUGAACCUGCUGUGAGCUGCUGUGCUCAGACAUUAGCUCAGCCCUGUCAAUGUUCAUCUCCAGGAAGGAAAAUCUCAGCUGUUUGUGCCUAGAGAGGCAGGAGGCACCGCCCUGCCUCUCUGGGGUCUCCAGCCUGCCUGGCCCUGAGGAAGGGACACUCCUUGCCCUCUCCUGAAGCACAUUUUGGGCUGGUGCAGGUGUCACUGACAGCAUUUACCAAAGACUGAGGACAGAAUGCAGCAUCUUGGGGCUCUUGGUUUACAUGGACUUUACAGGGACUCCUUGGUGCUCUGCAGACUCCCCACGUGCCUUGAUCUGAGGUAAAACCUCACCUUGCUCUGAGUUACACAGCCCCCAGGCACUGCUGCCUUUCAGACAUGUCAGUCAGCCACUGUGUGUGCCUGCCCUUGCCCUGGUCAGACUUUGGCUUUAUUUCUGUCCCUUAAUCCAUGGCAAUGAUCCUUCCAUGACGUUAUGCCUUACCUUGCUUAGCAGUGCCUGCCUGUUGUCACACCAGAGCAGAAAAGGAGCUGCAGAGCUCACAGUCCCCCUCUGGGUGCUCCCAGGAGGUUUUUACACCACAAGUGACUCUGGAGGGAUGUCCUGUCCCUCCACACCUCCCUGGUCGGUGAUGGUCCAGCCCAGCCCUGCCCUCAUUGUGCCCACAUGGAUGUGCAGCCUCCCAGGGGCUGGGUGAUGGUGAUGGUGUGAGUGUCCCUCAGCCUGUGCUCCCUCCCUCCUCCUGCAAGACCUCACUUCACUGCUCUUACUGCUCUAUUUGCCCACACUUUGCAGACCCAAAGUUGCCUCUUAGCUGGUGGGACCAAAGAGGUUUUGUACCCCCUCAGCUGCUGUCCCCUUCCUGCUCUGACAGUGUCCCCAAUCCGUGGUGGCCAGGGGGACCUGUGGUGGUGGUGGCUGCUUACACUGAGGGAUGGAUAGCUGUGUUUGGACCCUGCUGCUGGUGCAGACACACCCCUGAGUGUGACUUUGGAAAUAAAGGAGUCUCCAAGGCUCAUCCCAGCA